UUUAACCAAGCCUACCCGACGGAAGUUACCGUGAGCCUUUUCAUUAACAGCUUUGAUUCCGUCAGUGAAGCCAAUAUGGACUUCUCCAUUAACUUCCUGAUCAAUCAAACGUGGAUGGAUUCUAGGUUGAGAUUUAGCGAGCCCCUUCAGAAGAUCACGUUUCUGGAACUGGAUGCCAAAACUAUGAAAGAUGUCUGGGUGCCAGACUUAUACUUUUCCAAUGAGAAAAAAGCCGAUUUUCACGAUGUUACGGUUCCUAACAAACUAAUGCAUCUGUAUGAGAAUGGCACGAUAGUGUACAGUUCCAGAAUAACAAUGACAGCCACGUGUCAUAUGAAAUUGCAUAAGUACCCUCUGGACUCACAAGUUUGCCCCAUCUACAUUAGAAGCUUUACCUAUACUGCAGAGAACGUGAUUUUAAAGUGGAAAUGUGAUGACUGUGUGAAGGUUGAUCGAGAGUCAGAACUUCCACAAUUCCAACUGACAAAUGUUACUCUGAUUAACUGUACAGACAGAACGCCAGACAGGUUUACCUGCUUGGAGGCUUCGUUUAAAUUGGUCCGUCAUCUGGGUUAUUACGUCAUCCAGAUUUACAUCCCUUGUGUCCUGAUCGUCAUGUUGUCAUGGGUGUCGUUCUGGCUGGACAUCGACUCGGUGCCCGCCCGAAUAUCACUUGGCAUCCUCACAGUGCUGACGAUGACGACACAGAACGACGGUGCACAAGGUUCCUUGCCUAAAGUCUCAUACAUUAAGGCUAUAGACGUCUGGUCUUCGUUGUGUUUGUUCUUUGUCUUCGCCGCCCUCCUGGAAUAUUCUGUAGUGAACUAUUUAUCUAGAAAACAAAUCAAAGUGCACACAAAUAGGAGUCGACACGAAGAGAAUGGAAUUGACGUUUGUUUCAAUAUCACACAGCGACAGGGGAAUUGGGACACAAUGGAUGACGAGAAAAAAUCUUAUGUUCGGGUUCCCGAUGUGAAGUCUAGGAAAAGAGCGCAGUACAUUGACACCGUGUCCCGAGUGGCAUUUCCUGCCACUUUCCUCGUCUUGCUGGUCGUCUACUGGAUUUUCUACUCGUACUGGGUUCCGGAUUGAUACCAUUUUUAAAGUUAAAGACAUGAAGAAGUGCUUUGAAAGAUCAAAUCCACAGAAUUUGGAAUUUUGGACCAAUCUUUACCAUUCCGAAUGAUUUCGUACUGAGACUUCAGUGGCUUACCGCAAGUAUCACAUAAUGGUUUUCCCAUGGAUGUACAAAUUGUUAACUUGUGAACAACUGAUAUAGUUUGCCAAUGUACAGAAUUAGAGGAGAGAGGUAGACUCUGGUAUUUAAUAAGACAAUAACUGCACAAACGCGAAUGAAAGUGGAUAAAAGUGGAUUACAAUAUGAGGACAGAGCAAUGAGCUAUAAGUAACAUGACAUGUAGUAAAAUGUGAAACAUUUGAUAACAAACACACCAGUGCUAUAGGGUCUGCAAGUGUGAAAGGUAUGUGUAGACCAAGAACAUAGUAUACAAAUGUGACAGAUUCAGUGUCCCAGGAACGUCAUAAACAAACGUGAGGGAUAUGAGGGAUGAAAGGUGAAAAACAAAUGUGACAGAUUUAAGGAAAAGGAACUUCAUAAACAAAUGUGAGACAGUUGAGAGACAUGGAAAGAGAAAAACAACAGUGAAAGAUUUAAGGGAAAAGGAACUUCAUAAACAAAUGUGAGACAGUUGAGAGACAUGGAAAGAGAAAAACAACAGUGAAAGAUUUAAGGGAAAAGGAACUUCAUAAACAAAUGUGAGAGAGUUGAGAGACAUGGAAAGAGAAAAACAACAGUGAAAGAUUUAAGGGAAAAGGAACUUCAUAAACAAAUGUGAGACAGUUGAGAGACAUGGAAAGAGAAAAACAACAGUGAAAGAUUUAAGGGAAAAGGAACUUCAUAAACAAAUGUGAGACAGUUGAGAGACAUGGAAAGAGAAAAACAACAGUGAAAGAUUUAAGGGAAAAGGAACUUCAUAAACAAAUGUGAGAGAGUUGAGAGACAUGGAAAGAGAAAAACAACAGUGAAAGAUUUAAGGGAAAAGGAACUUCAUAAACAACCGCGAGUAAUUUCAAAGACAAGGAACGUUAAAAAAAAAUUGUGAAAGAUUAAAGGAAACAAAGGAAGUGAUGUACAAGAACCGAAGCCAUGACGUGUAUAUGAAUGAUUUACUUAUAAAACGUAUGUGACAGAUUGUGUAAAUGUGACAGAUUUGAGGGGAAACCAACGUGACAAGUUGCAUAAAGGUAACAGAUCUGAGGGAAAUCCAACCUGAAACGUUGUAUAAAUGUGAGAGGUUUGAGGGAAAACCAACCUAACAGGUUGUAUAAAUGUGACAGAUUUAAGGAAAAAUCAACGUGAGAAGUUGUUUGGGCGUGAAUGACUUGAAACCAAUAUACAUUUGACUGGUUGAACAAACAUGAAUGUUUUGAAAACGAACGUGAUUGCUUGUUGAGUUUAGGGGAAUUUGUGGUGUAUAAUAUAAAUGUGAUUCCAUACCAUUCCAUAUUAAGGGACGAACGAAGUGAUAAUUUAAGCGGAUGUGAAAGAUUUAAAUCGAUGAGUAGAGUUAUACAUUGCAUAAAAAUGAAUGAUCGUGGCCAAGAAACGAAGGUAAUGAAUGCGAAUAAAAGCACUGUGAAAUAAUGAAUUCAUGAAAGUGGUUGAACUUUUAGGAAGGAGAACUGAAGUAGUGUAAAAAUGAAUACAUGAUAUAACACACUGAUGUGACGGAGAAGAGCAAAUGUAUGACAUAACUAGACGUGCAGCUGCAACUAAA